UGAGACGGUCCUGACCGUCCACUGACGCCGUGUGUCUGCCCUGAGGAGCAGCCGGCCAUGUCUCAGGCACCAGAUUAUGAAUGCAGGAGUCACAAUGUGGACGGGCCCGAGCCCCGGACAUCGGGAUCCAGCACCAGGCUGGAGUGGGUGGAGAUUAUCGAGCCGCGCACACGCGAGCGCAUGUACGCCAACCUGGUGUCAGGCGAAUGUGUGUGGGACCCGCCGGCCGGCGUGCGGAUCAAACGCACCAGUGACAACCAGUGGUGGGAGCUCUUCGACCCCAACACGUCCCGCUUCUACUACUACAAUGCCAGCUCGCAGCGCACCGUGUGGCACCGGCCACACCACUGCGACAUCAUCCCGCUGGCCAAGCUGCAGACCCUGAAGCAGCACACCGAGUCCCCACGCGCCUCUGCUGACAGCAGCCCGGGCCGCGGCAGCAGCGUCAGCCGCGAGGGCAGCACCAGCUCUUCCCUGGAGCCUGACGAGGCAGACCGUGCUCAGGAGCUACCGGCCAGGCCCGGCCGUGGCCAACCAGUGCCCUUCGGGGCAGUGAAGGAGGACAGUGGCAGGACCUCGUCGCUGCGCUGGACUGCGGGCACCAAGGAGCGCAUGCUCAUCAAGGUGGCUGACCGGGAGCCCAGCUUCCUGGCUCCCCAAGGCAAUGGCUACAGCCCGGACAGCCAGCCGGGGGCUCGUGCCCGUAGACCCUCAGGCAGCCAGCACUCACCUGUCCUGCAGACGUUCACCCCGGAUGCAGACGGCUCCGUGUUCUUCCCCGAAAGGAGGCCGGCCCCGUUCCUGAAGAGGGCCGAGCCCCUGGGAAGCUGCUCCCCACUGCUGGGCCAACCCCGGAAGCCGUCCGGCGACUCACAGCCAUCCUCCCCGCGCUAUGGCUACGAGCCCCCCCUCUACGAGGAGCCUCCUGUGGAGUACCAGGCCCCCAUCUACGACGAGCCACCCAUGGACGUGCAGUAUGAGGCCGGCUCCCCUCAGAGGUCCCCGGGCCGCAAGCCCCGCGCCCUGCUGCCGGCGGCCCGGCAGGCGCCCACUUCGCCCUGCCAGCAGCUGGUGCUCACCAAGCAGAAGUGCCCCGAGCGCUUCGUGGGCCUGGAGUACAGCCCUGUGGGCAAGGAGUAUGUGCGACAGCUGGUGUAUGUGGAGCAGGCCGGCUCCAGCCCCAAGCUGCGCACAGGCCCCCGGCACAAGUACACCCCCAACCCAGGCGGCGGCUCCUACUCGCUGCAGCCCAGCCCCUGCCUGCUGAGGGACCAGCGCCUGGGCGUGCGCUCUGGGGACUACAGCACCAUGGAGGGCUCCGAGCCGCGCCACACGCAGCCCCGGGCCCGGGAGGACGCCAUGUCCUGGUCCAGCCAGCAGGACACUCUGUCCUCCUCCGGCUACUCUCCGGGCACACGCAAGAGGAAGAGUCGGAAGCCCUCCCCAUGCCCGCCGCCCAAUGACAGUCCCGGGGACCUGCUGGGCGAGCAGCCGGUGGCGGAGGAACACACCGCAGGCCUGGCACAGCUGAAGCGUGCUGAGGCCGAGGUCGAGGCCGGGCACGGCGCCACGGAGCCGCACCUGGCACAGGCACAGCUGGCCUGGGAAGCCCAGCAGGCUCACUUCCACAUGAAGCAGAGGGGCAGCUGGGACUCACAGCGGGACGGCUCAGGCUAUGAGAGCGACGGGGCUGUGCCCAUGCCCAUGCCCGGGCCCGUGGUGCGUGCCUUCAGCGAGGACGAGGCGCUGGCGCAGCAGGAUGGCAAACACUGGAGGAGGGGUGCCUUCGAGAAGCUUGGCUUCCCCCAGGUCCUGCUAGAGAAGAGUGUGUCGGUGCAGACCAACCUGGCCUCCCCGGAGCCCUACCUCCACCCCUCACAGUCUGAGGACCUGGGUGCCUGUGUCCAGUCUGAGAACGGCCGGCAGAGCCGCACCGUGGUGCCCAGCUCCAGCUGUGUUUUCCCCACCUUCGCACUCCGCAAGCCAUCUUCUGAGACUGACAUUGAGAACUGGGCUUGUGAGCACUUCAACAGGCAUACCCAGGGUCUGUUCCGCCGCAAGGUAUCCAUUGCCAACAUGCUGGCCUGGAGCAGCGAGUCCAUCAAGAAGCCCAUGAUUGUGACCAGUGACCGACAUGUCAAGAAGGAGGCCUGCGAGGUCUUCAAGCUGAUCCAGAUGUACAUGGGUGACCGGCGGGCCAAGGCGGACCCACUGCAUGUGGCCCUGGAGAUUGCCACCAAGGGGUGGAGCGUGCAGGGACUGCGCGAUGAGCUCUACAUCCAGCUGUGCCGGCAGACCACGGAGAACUUCCGUCUGGAGAGCCUGGCCCGUGGCUGGGAGCUCAUGGCCAUCUGCCUGGCCUUCUUCCCACCGACACCUAAGUUCCAUUCCUACCUAGAGGGUUACAUCUACCGGCACAUGGACCCUGUCAACGACACAAAAGUGACGCUGCACAUGCGCCAGCUCCUGGAGAGGAACGCUAAGAAGAAGUGCAAAUUGAGAAAGAAACCCAAGCCCUAUGUUGAAGAGCCGGAUGGGGUGGCUGUGAGCACCUAUGCCAAGUACUGCUACCACAAGCUGCAGAAGGCGGCUCUGACGGGGGCCAAGAAGGGCCUGAAGAAGCCCAAUGUGGAGGAGAUUCGCCACGCCAGGAAUGCCGUGUUCAGCCCGUCCAUGUUUGGCAGCGCGCUGCAGGAAGUGCUGACCAUGCAGAAGGAGCGUUACCCAGAGCGGCAGCUGCCCUGGGUGCAGACGCGACUCUCAGAGGAGGUGCUAGCGCUCAACGGCGACCAGACUGAGGGCAUCUUCAGGGUCCCUGGAGACAUCGAUGAGGUGAAUGCCCUGAAGCUGCAGGUGGACCAGUGGAAAGUGCCCACUGGCCUGGAGGACCCGCAUGUCCCUGCAUCACUGCUCAAGCUGUGGUACCGCGAGCUGGAGGAGCCGCUCAUCCCGCACGAGUUCUACGACCAGUGCAUUGCGCACUACGAGAGCCCCGAGGCGGCCGUGGCAGUGGUGCACUCGUUGCCGCGCGUCAACCGCAUGGUGCUGUGUUACCUCAUCCGCUUCCUGCAGGUGUUCGCGCAGCCGGCCAACGUGGCGGCCACCAAGAUGGACGUGAGCAACCUGGCCAUGGUGAUGGCGCCCAAUUGCCUGCGGUGCCGCUCCGACGACCCCCGCGUCAUCUUCGAGAACACGCGCAAGGAGAUGUCGUUCCUGCGCGUGCUCAUCCAGCACCUGGACACGAGCUUCAUGGAGGGCGUGCUCUAGCGGCCUGGCUACCCCAAGUGCCUCCCGCUCGGGCCCCACGCCGGGGGCCCGCGCGUCCAGCUGCGCCCGGCAGGUGGAACCUGAGCCCGUCUCCGCCGCCGCCCCAGUCCCCGCCCCGCCUGUGCGGAGC